GUUUUAAAGAAAAAUAAAUAAAAAUUAUAAUAGAAUCAAAGAAGUCUCUAAAGCUAUAAGACAUGAAGUUAAUUACAUUAGUAUUCAUCGCUUUUGUUUUGUCGUCUUUGGCUCCGACCAAAGCAGUGGUGGUUAGAGUCGAGGAGGAGGAGAAAGUGGUGUGCAUAGUAACAGAUCUUCGAGUAUGUCUGCCGGCGGUGGAAGCCGGAAGCCAACCAUCUGUGCAAUGUUGUGGAAAACUGAAAGAACAAUUGUCGUGUUUGUGUGGUUAUCUUAAAAUCCCAUCAUUUACUCAAUAUGUAUCAUCUGGAAAAGCUCAAAAAGUUUUAACAGCUUGUGCUAUACCAAUUCCUAAAUGUUAAAGUUUUAAAUUAUUACUAGAUCAUAACCCGUGUUAUAGACAUUAAUAUUUUGUAUAAAUUAAAUUGUAUACUUUGUUAUGU